ACCCGGUGCUCUAGCUGUGGAAACCGGAAGUGUGCUCUUUGGCGGCGAGUCCUCCGUAGACCCUGUGCCGGAAGCAGAGGCUAAGCGGGUUUUACCAUGGCUGCAGUGCCGCCAGAUUCCUGGCAGCCCCCCAACGUUUUUCUGGAGACCAGCAUGGGGACUGUCGUGCUGGAGCUGUAUUGGAAACAUGCCCCCAAGACCUGUAAGAACUUUGCAGAGUUGGCUCGACGUGGUUACUACAAUGGCACCAAAUUUCACAGGAUCAUAAAAGACUUCAUGGUCCAAGGUGGUGACCCUACAGGAACAGGCAGAGGUGGUGCAUCUAUCUAUGGUAAACAGUUUGAAGAUGAACUUCACCCCGAGUUGAAAUUCACAGGGGCUGGAAUUCUUGCAAUGGCUAAUGCAGGGCCAGACACCAAUGGCAGCCAGUUCUUUGUCACCUUGGCCCCUACCCAGUGGCUUGAUGGGAAGCAUACCAUUUUUGGCCGUGUAUGUCAGGGUAUAGGGAUGGUGAAUCGAGUGGGUAUGGUAGAGACGAAUGCCCAGGACCGUCCUGUUGAUGAUGUGAAGAUUAUCAAGGCUUACCCAUCUGGAUAAAAGUGGAGUCUGGGCGGAUACAUCCUUGGCCAGUUCCAUUGAGUUUCAGUGAAGAUUUCUUAACUGGCUGGUCCCUAGGUGGCCUGUGGACAUCAGAACAAAAAGGCCUCUACACUCUCAUCUCUUUGCUCUUGAGUCCUCGUUGGACUUGACCUUGUACUUUGUUUUGUCCUGCAGAAUAAGCCGUGUCUCAAAUGACUAGAGAUGAAAGUGCGUUUUAAUUAACAAGACGCUUAUUUUCUUCUCCUAAGACAUAAAUGUCAAAACAUUGUACAUACACUCGUUAUUGCAUUGACCAAAACUGUUCUCUCCUGUAUUUUUUUCUUCUGAUCCAUUUGGGAAAAAAAUUAAGUAGAAUCAGGAGAUAUUGGUACAUGCAGACUUAUUCAUUCUAAACUGAAUCUUUUCCCAAGGAGUCCUACUCCUUGGCCUUGGUGACUAAUAGCAACAGAAUUGGUAAACUUAUUUCUGGGCAUAUAUGUGUGUGUGUGUGUGUGUGUGUGUGUGUGUGUGUGUGUGUGUGUGUGUGUGUGUGUGUGUAGAGGACUCUAUGGUUAUUACAUAUCUAUCAACACAUAUGCAUAUUGGUGUUCAAACCCUUUCCAUACACGUAUAGAUUUUGAAAUUCCAGGCAUAAACAAUAUUGUUUCUAACAUUCAGACACUCCAAAUGAAAUCAUACUGAAUUUGUGCCAAAUGGAAAAUACUUCCAAUAGAGAAAACAGAUUUCUAAGAUGCUGUUAGGUGGGAAGGUUUAUAUGUGAUUGAUUUUGAAAUGAAUUUCAUUCAAGGAAAAAAAUGUGUUUAACUCCCCAUUUUCCAGCAAGGAAAUGAGAUCUUCAGUGGACAUAAUGAUAGACUAUGGAUUCUCCUCUCUUGUUUGUUUUUAUGUCACCUUCAUUUCUGAAUGUUUUUUCCCUCACCCCUGAGAGCAAUCCCUUGUAACCAAGAGGGAAAAAGCAAGAAGAAAAACAGUUCAUCAAAACUAACCAGCCCGUCAGUCAUCUGAUGGGACGUUUGAUGUUCCACACCACCAAAUGCCUCCAUCUCUGGGAAGGGAAGAGGAGUGCAUUUGGCGUCUCUUAGAGGCCAGGUUUGGUUAUGAUAAUUACAUAGCGCUCAGUUGACCUGCAUUCUUUCCGUUUACAUCAUUAUAGGCACUGCAUAUGUUGUUUUCUUGGUUCUGCUGACUUCACAAUUCAAGUAAAUCUUCCCACAUUUCUCUAAAUUAUAAAUUCUCUUCUAAAAACAGUUGUAUAGAGGUGAAAGGCCUCAUCACUUUGACUACUUUAAACCAGAACCUUUCUAUGCUUAGCUUUUAGAAUGUGCUUCUUCUUUUAUGGGGGUUGGGAGUGGGAGGUGGAGUUAAUAUUAUAUUACAUGGAAAAUAGAAAAAAAAAUAGAGACGGUUGCUCUGUGCAUUCUCAUUUGUAAUAUCCUAAGGCAGCCUAUUGUUCCUCAUCUUAAUGUUAGUAAGCGUCUCAAAUUACUAAAAAAAAGUUCGUAUCUUUGAGAUUUUGCAUUGUUUUAGGUUUAUGAAUCUCUGGUGAGCAGUAGCGGAAAUACAGAGCUUCCUUAAUAAUAAUAAUAAUAAAAACAAUAAAAGUAUUCCAGAGCUGCUCUGUUCAAAACUGGCUCAUAUUUAAAACAGGAGGCAGAGCUGAGGAAAGAGAAUGGAAGCAAUAUCUGCUGGUAUUUGUCUGUGAGGGGGUAUUAAAUUUAGAUUGGCUGAGAUAGACUCAGCUGAGGGACCUGAGCUAUUCAUUUAGCUCACAGGCACUCUGCUGCUGUACAUUUUCACCUUGUGUGGAUGAGGUUGGUGGUGUGCUUGUAAAGUUUUUCCCUCCCCCCUUGAGCUCCUCAAAGGCAAGACUGCAUCUUUCAAUCUUCUUUUGUUACUCCCAGUAGAUGUUUUGCUUUCCAAAUAACAUCAUUUUAAAAAAUCCUUGAAGUGCUGAGCUGUGAAUGGGCUAAAUUGGAGACUUAAAUAUGGGAGCAGGAUGCACACUGGAGAGCUUUGAGUAGGUGUGUUUGAGAUGAGUAAGGAUCAGGCUGAACUGGAAUUUCUACAGCACUUUGAGAUUGAGAGAGCACUUUGCCACCCCCUCCCCUCACCCCCCAAACAUCCUUUUGAGAGAGGUGUUGUGUUCCUCUUCCCGUUUAGCAGAUGAGGAGCUAGGCUAAGAGAGAAGGUGUUAUUUGAUCAUGGUCAGGUAGCAUUGGUAUCAGGAACUAUAAAACUGGAUCCUCCGGCUCCGUUCCUGAGCUCUUCCCACUAUUCUGUGCUCCUUCCCUCCCAGGAGUGUUAAGAGCUAAAAAAAAGGAAGCCAAACUCUGAGUAAUU